AUGGAAAAUAAUGUCACUGAAUUCAUCCUCAUGGGUCUUUCCCAAAAUAAGCAAGUGCAGCAACUAUGCUUCUUUUUGUUCCUACUCUUUUAUCUGAUCCUCAUGACUGGAAACCUUUUCAUUGUAAUAACCACUCACAGGAGCCCGAAUCUCAGCUCUCCAAUGUACUUCUUCCUCAGCUUCCUAUCCUUUGUUGACAUCUGCUAUUCCUCUGUCACAGCCCCCAAGCUGAUCAUUGACUUCCAGGCCAAGGUCAAGAGAAUCUCUUUUGCUGGUUGUAUGGCCCAGCUCUUUUUCGUCCAUCUGCUUGGCUGCACAGAGAUCUUUCUCCUCACGGUGAUGGCCUAUGACAGGUACGUGGCCAUCUGUAAGCCUCUGCGCUACCUGACCCUCAUGGACGGGAAGGUCUGCUCCGUGCUGGUGGUGCUCUGUUGGCUAGGAGGGCUUGUGCACACCUCCAUCCAGACCGUGCUCGCUGCACAGCUGCCCUUCUGUGGCCCCAACCUGAUCGACCACUACUUCUGUGACGUCCACCCUUUACUGAAGCUGGCUUGCACAGACACAUACGUGGUGGGGCUUGUUGUGGUGGCCAACAGUGGCCUGAUUUCCCUGAGCUCCUUUGUCAUCCUUGUGGGCUCUUACAUGGUCAUCUUGCUUUCCUUCAAGACCCGCUCAGCAGAGGGGAGGCGCAAGGCCCUGUCCACAUGUGCUUCCCACAUCACUGUGGUAAUCUUGUAUUUUGUCCCCUGCAUCUUCAUCUACCUGAGACCUUCCACCACUUUUCCUGAGGACAAGAUGGUAGCUGUAUUUUACACCAUCACCACACCCAUGUUGAACCCUCUGAUCUACACCCUAAGAAACGUGGAGGUGAAACAUGCCAUGAAGAGACUGUGGAUCAAGAGGCUGUUGGGCAGACAUCAGAGAGACCCUGAUGGGAAGUUCAGUGGGAGUGGUAUAGCCUCCGUUGAAUCAGUUUCCAAAAGGGUUACUGGGAAUUAG